GCUCGCUGCGGCCUUACAUGGCUGCUCUCGCUCCUCCGUCUCUUCCCAAUCAUAACAACCUGCCAUCCUUCUCUCCGAAAGUCACAGUGAGAAUGCCAACCACUCUGGUUUUGCUUCAAAUGUGCUGCAACUUCCAAGAAGUGAGACAGGUGCAUGCUCAGUUGGUUGUAUCCGGCCUCCUUGACCGCCCUCUAAAUGCCGGUAGGCUUCUCCAGUCCUAUGUGAUAGUCUCGCAAAUUCACCACGCCUUGUCGAUUUUCGAUAGAAUAUCUUAUCCUGAUGUAUUUGCCUACAACAACAUGAUCAGAGGAUUAAUUUUGGUUAAGUCCCCAUAUCACUCGUUGUUAUUGUAUAACAAACUUUUACUAGAUAGAUUGAAACCAGACAAUUACACUUACACCUUUGUUCUUAAAGCAUGUUCCCAACUGAAUGCACUCUUUGAAGGCAGACAAGUGCAUUGCCGGAUAGUUAAGGCCGGCGUAGCUAUGGAUAAUCACGUUCACAGCUCACUAAUACACAUGUACUCGAGUUCAACAGACAGUUUGGUUAGCGCAGAACAAGUACUCGCAGGGUUCUCUGAGGAAAACACGCUUGCAAAGAACUCCUUAAUUUCUGGUUACCUUAGAUGGGGUCAAGUAGAGAAGGCUAGGGCAAUGUUUGAUAACAUGGUGGCAAAAGAUGAUGCAUCUUGGAGCGCAAUGAUAGGAGGGUACACAAAGAACGGUAUGUAUGCAGAUGCAUUAGGGAUUUUCCGAAAAAUGACGAUGAUUUUGAAGGUUUCUGCAAACGAAUCGACACUAGUGAGCUCAUUGUCUGCCUGUGCUCAUUUGGGAGCUCUAGAUCAAGGGAAAUGGAUACAUACAUAUGCUGAUAAAAUCGGGGCUAAGAUUAGUGUGACUCUUGGCACUGCUCUCAUAGACAUGUAUGCCAAAUGUGGCAGCAUUGAACACGGUUACGAAAUCUUUCGGAAGAUGUCACAAAAAGAUGCAGUUACUUGGGGAGCUAUGAUUUCUGGUUUUGCCAUACAUGGGGAUGCCGAGAAAUGUUUCGAACUGUUUGAUGAAAUGGUUGCGAACGGAAUGUAUCCGAACGAAGUCAUUUUUGUGGCUAUUCUAUCUGCUUGUUCCCAUGCCGGGCGUGUCGAAAUGGGAUACGAGUACUUUUACAAAAUGGUGCAUGACUAUGGGAUAAGACCAUCCAUUGAACAUUAUGGAUGCAUGGUAGACCUUCUCGGCCGUGCCGGGCGGCUAGAAGAGGCGGAAGAGCUCAUCAUGUCAAUGCCGGAAAACCCCAAUUCAGUUAUCUGGGGUGCGUUGCUUGGCGCUUGUCGGACGCAUGGUGACCUGAGGAGAGGGAACCUUGCAUUCAAGCACUUGACUGAACUGGAACCAAUGUCUGGUGACAGAUACAAACUAGCAGGGAUUAUGUUUGCCAAUACUGGAGAAAAGGAAAGUGCAACUGAAAUUCAGAAGCUCAUCGGAGACAACGAUUUGGAGACUACUUGUGGGAUGAGCUUAAUCGAAAUAGAUGGCGUCGUCCAUGAGUUUGUAGCGGGGACUAUUCAUCAUAGCAGGCACAAAGAAAUCUACAACAUGUGGGACAAGGUUCAUAGAUUGUUGGUCAUUGAUGAAACCGCAAAAAAUAGCAAUACUCCCUACAUGCAAACGAGCUUUUAGCACAAAUUAGUAAGAGCAUUUACCACGACACGAAAGACUCGUAAAAUAUUCGAUUCAUUCAUGAUCGUGAAAUAUAAGAUAGCUGUAUAUAUUCACAA